UGCUUGUUACCUAUCCUGCAUCACUGCUCAGUAUUUCUAAAUGGAUAAUGCUGUGUGAUUCUGAAAUGAAAUUCUGCUUCAGACUUCCCACUCCCUGAAGUGCCAGACUUGACUAAUAUUUGGAAUAUUUUGCAUCAGCUUCUGGAGCUUUUCAAUGGGUUUGUGUUUGAAUUUGUACUUCUCUUUUUUAUGUGCUUUCUCCAAGAGGAGUCAGUGAUAGAAAGCACAAAGGAUUAAAAUCAGGAGGAAAGUAGUUCUAGAAGUUUACUCAUAACACCCCUGUUACUGAUUCUAGAGGAGAAUGGACUGUGACAGACGUGUGUGACAAUACUGCCAUAUUGCCACCAGCCAGGAGCUAAAAUGAAGACAGUAACCAGAAUGUACCAUGGGAUACAUUUAUGGUUGUUUCCGUUAAUUAUCGUAUCUUUGAGGUUUCCACACAAGGCCUUUUCCUGUCCUCAACCAUGUGCCUGCUAUGUCAGCUCUGAAGUUCACUGCACUUUCCGAUCUCUAGUGAAAGUACCAACAAGGAUUCCAAAGCUUGUGGAAAGAAUAAAUUUAGGGUUUAACAGCAUCCAGUCCAUUCCUGAACAUGCGUUUUCUGGAUUAUCCAAACUAGAGAUGCUUUUGACACACAGCAAUGAUAUACAAAAUAUUCCUAAUGGAGCGUUCAAAGACUUGAGUUCCCUCCAGGUUUUCAAAAUGAGCUACAACAAGCUGAAAGUGAUCACCAGUCACACAUUUCAUGGACUUUCUAGUUUAACCAGGUUACAUGUUGACCACAAUAAAGUUGAAUAUAUACAUCCCAAUGCUUUUAGUGGAUUAACUGCCUUAAGACUACUCCAUUUAGAAGGGAACUCACUUCGGCAACUCCAUGCCAACACAUUCUGCACUUUUAAUUUUUUGGGCUACUUCAGACAAUCUACUUUGAAGCAUCUUUACUUAUCAGACAACUUGAUUCAGACUCUCCCUGCUGGCAUGAUCCAAACAAUGCCAUUACUAGAGAACAUAUAUCUUCAUGGAAACCCUUGGACCUGUGAUUGUCAAUUGAAUUGGUUACUCGAAUGGGAUAAACAGUCCAAUGGUGUCCUAAAAUGCAAGAAAGACAAAUCAUAUGAAAACGGACAGUUAUGUGCAAUGUGUUCGAGUCCAAGACAUCUACAAAACCAAGAAAUUCAGAGUUUGAAAGAUAUGUCCUGUUCUCGGCCUAUUAUUUCCUCACCACUAAGGACAAACAGCAGUGAUAUGAACUCUGAAGAUGAUGAUACUGAUCCGCAAUUAAAUAAAGAUUUUCUUGGGCAGAUAAUUCUAAAUAUGACUGAUGAGCAUGGAAACAAAGUUAAUUUGGACUGUCACAUGAAGAAAAGUGAAGACUACAGCAAAAUUCAGUGGAACCAACUUCAUCAAGAAGAAAUUGAUGUUAAUGCAACCUUUGCUUUAGAUUUUGAAUGUUCCAUGACCCGGGAGAACUAUGAAAAGCUAUGGAAGCUAAUAGCCUAUUAUAGUGAGGUGCCUGUGCAGUUAGAACGAGAACUGCUCUUUACAGAUAGCUCUAAAGAAACUUACAGAUAUAAGCAGAAUCUGGAUCAUGAUUCAUAUUAUUACACCGGAGUUCGAGCUGUCAUAACCGCAGAACCUGAAUGGGUGAUGCAACCAGUCAUCAAGAUUCAGCUAAAUAGAAAAAUGAGCACAGCGAAGAAAGUUACCCUGUCUUUCUCUACACAGCUCUCUCAAUCAAUUCACACUAAAGAUAUUCAGUAUCCUAAGAGUAAUUGGGUCAUGAUUAAUAAGGAUGAAAACACCAAAACAUCAUAUAGCGUCAUUAAGGGAAGUGUUCUCCAAAUGACCUGCCAAGUAAAGUCUUCCGAAAUGCAUACCAUAGAAUGGAGUUUCCCAGAUGGUACAAAAUUAAAAGCCCCAUACAAUAAUGAAGAUGGUAGAUAUUCUAUAUCUGCUAAUGGACAGUUGACAAUAGAACAAUCAGAUUUCCAAGAUGCUGGAGUCUAUCACUGUAUUGCACAAGUAAAGCAUGAGGUUGACACCUUGGCUGUAAGGGUGGUGGUGCAGCCUUCAUCGAAUGAGGUGUCUGAAAGUAACAUUAAAGUAGUUACUAAAACUAUUGGAGAGUCUGUAACUCUACCAUGCAGUGCAGAGGCAAAUCCCAAUGCUGAAGUGAAUUGGAUUUUACCAAACAGUAAUAUUCUUAAUUCAAGCACAAAUAAAACAGGUGUAUACUUGUUAAAUGAUGGGUCCUUGCUAAUUCCAAUUCCUAAGCUGACCGAUAGUGGCCUUUAUAGGUGCAUAGCUCUCAAUCAAUAUGGAGAAGAUCAUUACAGUGUACAGGUAGCAAUACUAAGAAAGUACUCUGAGCAGCUAAAUAGAGUAACAAUAAUUAAAAAACGUCCUCUGGUAAAAGUUUCUUCAAAGCCCAAAUACGAUGUGGUAGAUGAUGAUAGGGGAUCUGGUGAGAGGGAUUUACAAGAAGAAACAGACAAACACAAUGUUCAAGACAGAAUAACAUCUGGAAAAGAUAAAAGUUUUCGAGGACAAGGUAAAAAUAAUAGAAAAGACAGGAAGAAAAAUACUUCAUGGAAAAAGACAGAGAAAGAUGAGGAUAGUAACAUAGCAGAAGGGCGAAGAAAAUUUGAAUCAAGGCGAAGAAUAAUAGGGGGUAAUAAGAAGAUUGAUCCCAAGAAAUGGGCCACUAUAUUGGCUAAGGUGAGAGGGAGAAAUAUUCUAAAAACGACUGAUGUUCCACUACUAACCACCCCAAGAGUUGUAACCCUCCCAUCCUAUAAACAUGAAGACACAACUCCCUCUUUGAUAUCUGAACCUCUGUACAAGAUUACAGAAGUAGCAAGUAGUAUAGAGGAAGCAUCAGCAGAUGAUGAUGUAUUACACAUGACAUCUUCACCUAAAGUGACCAUAACACAAUAUCAAGACCUAACAACACAAGUAGAUGACAACAUUCUGGUAGUAACUAAGGAAGAAGCAGAUGAUUAUAGUGAAAUUCCAUUUAUAGAGGAGAUUCAAGAGGCAGAGACAACAGAUUCAUCUUUUUUAUUUAAUACAUUAAAUGCAACAAACUCUGUAAUGUCAACCAUUGAAAAUCUAGAUAUAGAAGAUUCCAUUUAUUCUACAGGUGAUGAAGAUUUUAAAGCUUCUACAGAAGAUGAUACAGAUAUUGAAAGUGUCAAUCCAACAACUGACAUUGAAACUGAAACAGAUCAAACGGAUUACAUUCCAGAACAACAAGAAAACCUUACUGAUGAAGACCCUACUUUAACGCCAAUUGAAACUAUUACAACUAUACCUAAUACUGAAACAGAUGAUACAGAAGAUGAUGGGAUUGCUGCUCUACCUAGCUUUGAUACAACACAACAUGCUACAGUAGAAGUUUCAACUUAUAAAUAUCCUGCUACCCCAGAAAUUUACAAUAACGGUGAUAAUGCUAAUUUACAUGUGAACACUGGCAUAUCUUCUACAUCUCCAACGGAAUAUAUUCCUGAAGAUAAGCAAAUAGUCCUUAAAGUGAUUGAUGAUAUGAUAACUAAAUCAACUGAAUUUACUUCUACAUCAUCACUUUCUCCCGAGACUAGCACUGGUUUUGCAGUAAUGAUAUCAGUUCCAGUUGUCACUGAGUCUCUUGUAAAAGGUUCUUUUGAAGAUAUAUAUUCUGAGAAAUAUAUGCACACAAGAGAAGAAGUAUUUACAAAAAGUGAUAUCAUUCAUUUAAGUGGUGAAAAUGGUCCAGAAACCUCAAGAGAAGCAGAUCACCAUUUAUGGAUUACCACAAGUCCACACACUUUUGUAACAAUCCCAAAAACAACUACUACAACUAUGCCAAUUUCUACUCAAUCACCAACUACAACUCCCUUUCCAACAAAUGCCUACCUUCAGUACCCUAAGAGAAGAAAAAAUGGCAGACGAAAGUUCCGACCAAACAGAUUCCGGCACCGCCAAGACCAUAUUAAUCCUACAGUGUCCCCUGUACAAAGUUAUUUAAAUUUAGUAACUCAGAAAAUACCAAUAUCUGAAGAAGAAAAGAUCAUAAGAGUUUUGUCAAAUCAAGAUAAUAUUGUGCAUCAGCCUAGGGUAACUACACAACCAACACAUAUUCAGUCAACUUAUCGUGCAGUGUUUCCAUCUUUAGAAAAGCAUAAGCAGACUACAUUUAUUGCCCCUACAGCAGAAGUGUUACAUACAACAAAAGCACCAUCCACAUUGGUGGAAGUACCACUUGGUCCCCCGGUUACAGUGGCAGAGACAGAAACCGAAGAAGUAUAUACAUUAAAAUCAAUCGAUGAUGCAGUAGAUCUGCAAAAGAAUAACAUUCAGACUAUGGGUGUCCUGAAUACACAGAGAACCACAACAGAAUCACCCAAAACCAAUCCAAAUCAAAAUUGGAAACUUCCAAAAGAUAAAGCUGAUAUUUCAGAAGAUACUGAAAUAGAACUUACAGAAUAUAGACCUGGUUUAGUAAGACAAUCACCUUCAGUGCUUUUUACAGAAGAACCUCCAACAUUAGCCACCCAUAGUACUACAACUUACAGUCCCAUUAAAUAUGCAACUUAUACCCAAAAAGAUGCAUAUAAGCAGUCAACAACGGUACACCAAACAACUCAAAAAAACACCAUCGCUAUCACUGAAGACAAAAAUAACCAAAGAACAAUUCACAAUUUCCACUUAAAUAAAGCAACUGAUAACCACCCAUAUAAGCAGAAUGUAACACUCAAUCCUAGCAAGUAUGUGACAGCUCAUCCAGUGACAAAAACUAUUUUUAUCUCUACCCCACAUGUCUACUUGACUUCUCCGGGCACACAGCAUUUACCAAUCCAACCUUCAGUUCCUAAAACCAAAUACCAAGAAGUUCUAAAUCCAGUUGCAACUACACAAGGUACUAAAUUAUUGCAAAAAAGUACCCUUUCAUCAAGGAUAAAUGAGCUUGAUAUAUAUUCUUCUAAUCAAAAUAAAGUAUAUAUACAGUCUAAACAAGAACAGAUUAAAGACACCUAUAGCUCAAAAUUAAACAACAGCCUCCCUUAUAACCCAAAAUAUCGUCAUCAACCCCGAAUAGUGAACAACUACCAUCAUGGAAUAGUUCCACCAUACCAUAAUCCAGUCAGAGGAAAUGUAAGACCACCUCAUAUUGGAACCCAUGGACCUCUGCGCUACUACGUUACUAAUCAGCCAAUUGCAAUAACCAAUAAACCAGAAAUAACAGCUUAUACUGCCCAUACAGUACAAAACAUCCAGGAGAAGAAAGUAUAUACCCCACACGUGCCAACAACUAUUCCUACAACCACCACUACUACAGUUAUUCCAUUAUACAGACCAAGACCAGCAACACCUAAUAAGUUUACACACGGUCAACGAAUUACACCCCAUUAUAGACCAUAUGGAAAUAACUUUAUAACUGAUAAUAAAGGUUCCUCAAUACGUAUCCCUAAUAAUGUUAAUCCAUAUUACAUCAACCCAAGGAUCCCAUAUCGUUUUAACAGAACAAGGCUUUUUCAGUUUACUGUGACAUCUAAGCCUAUUCCUCCAACUAUUUUAGCCCCAGCCAGUCCAAAAAAUAAAGUCUGGACAACCGCGUCAACGUCAAGUGCUGUAAAAACCACCACUUCCCUAGCUCAGUUAGUUACUCAAACUUUUACUACAACAACAUCUACUACUACCCCUGCUCACUUUGUUCAGAGUCGCACUACUCAGGCCAGUUCAAAUAUCCAUCCAUUGUGGCAUUACUUUAAUCUUAAUCAAAGACCUCAUCUUACGACAAAUAAAGUAGAAUCGACACGGGAACCUCCACUAAUCAACAAAUACCAAGAAAGCAAACCCAAAAUUGUGACCACUGGCUACCAGUUUGUAUCCCUGCCAUUUGGGAUGGAUGCUGUUUUACCAUGUGAAACUACUGGAGAACCUAAACCUUCAAUUACUUGGACAAAACUUGCUACAGGUGCAAUAAUAUCUUCCAAAAACAAAAUACAGCGUUUUGAAGUCUUGGAGAAUGGGACAUUACAUAUACAGAAUCUUCAGCUUCAGGACCGUGGACAAUAUAUGUGUACUGCCCAGAACAAGCAUGGUAUUGAUAAGAUGACCAUUACUUUGUCAGUUGUGGCUCAGCAACCAAAAAUAAUAUUACUUCGAUCCAAUGAUAUUUUAGUAUAUCUUGGAGAUACAGUUACAAUGGACUGUAAUGCUAGUGGCGUCCCACCUCCACAUAUUUCUUGGGUACUUCCAGACAGGAGAAUUCUACGCACUGUCUCUACUACAGAAUCUCAUAUCAUGCUCUUUGCUAAUGGAAGUUUAUCUAUUAAAGAUGUGACAUUUCCUGACCGGGGAAUCUACAAGUGCGUUGCUGGCAAUGUGGCAGGUGCAGACAGUUUGACUAUGAAGCUUCAGGUAUCUCCAUUGCCUCCCUUAAUUCUACAGGAAAAAGUGGAAAAUAUUUCACUGCCACAGAGCCACAGCAUUUAUAUUCAUUGUUCGGCAAAAGGUGCUCCACCACCUACCAUUCGCUGGGUGGUUUUUGAUGGCACACAGGUUCGUCCUUCACAGUAUGCAAAUGGAAAUCUCUUUGUAUUUCCCAACGGGACACUUUAUAUUCGUAACAGUUCACCAAGAGACAUUGGAAAGUAUGAGUGCAUAGCCGCAAACAUUGUAGGUGCUGCCAGAAGAACAGUACAUCUGGAUGUAAGGAAAUAUCCGUCAAACGCAAAGAUCACUGCAAGUUCUCCUCAGAAAACAGAUGUUUCCUAUGGUGGGACUCUACGGUUAGACUGUAGUGCAGCUGGUGAUCCAUGGCCAAGAAUAAUGUGGAGGCUUCCUUCUAAACGUCUGGUGGACUCCUUCUUCAGCUUUGACUCAAGAAUCAAGACCUUUUCUAAUGGAACACUGAUCAUCUAUUCAGUUACUGAAAAAGAUGCGGGUGACUAUUUGUGUAUGGCACGAAACAAGCUUGGAGAUGACUAUUUGGUUCUCAAAGUAAAUGUCAUGAUGAAACCUGCAAAAAUUCAGCAUAAAAAUGAUGUGGACCAUAAAGUUAUAUAUGGUGGCGAUCUGAAGGUUGAUUGCAUUGCAACUGGUGUUCCCAAUCCAGACAUCUCAUGGAGUCUACCAGAUGGGAGUAUGGUCAAUAAUGUCAUGCAAUCAGAUGACAGUGGGACACGCUCAAGAAGAUAUGUUGUAUUCAAUAAUGGUACCUUGUACUUCAAUGAUGUAGGAAUGAAAGAGGAAGGUGAUUAUACCUGCUAUGCUGUCAACCAAAUUGGACAAGAUGAGAUGCGAGUAAGUGUCAAAAUAGUGGCAGAGAGAGCUGUUAUUAAGAAUAAAACCUAUUCAAUUAUCAAUGUGCCCUAUGGAGAUGUUGUUACAAUUUCAUGUGAAGCCAAAGGUGAGCCUGUUCCCAAAAUAACAUGGCUUUCCUCAGCAAAUCGACCCAUACCUACUUCAUCCGAAAAAUAUCAAAUCUUUCACGAUGGAACUCUUCUUAUCCAAAAGGCUCAACGAUCUGAUAGUGGAAACUACACAUGUCUGGCACAGAACAAAGGUGGUGAGGAUAAAAAAGUGGUUCAUAUUCAGGUUAAUGUUCUUCCACCUAAAAUCAAUGGUUAUUCCAAUACUAUAAUGACAAUAAAAGAAUCUGCCAUGAAAGAUACCCGAUUAUUGAUAGACUGCAAAGCGGAAGGAGUUCCAACACCUCGCGUUAUGUGGGCUUUUCCUGAAGGAGUAAUCCUUCCUGCUCCUUACUAUGGUAACAGGAUCGCAGUUCAUCGGAAUGGAACCCUUGAAAUUAAAGCUCUACGGAAAACAGAUUCAGUACAGUUAGUAUGCAUCGGAAGGAAUGAAGGUGGGGAGGCCAAGCUAAUUGUACAACUGACUGUAACCGAGCCAGCAGUGAAACCUCACUUUAACUAUGAAAAUGAAAAUGUUGUUGUGGCUGAGGGUCAGUCUGCUAAACUUAACUGUUCGGCUAUAGGUAUGCCACAACCUGACCUAAUAUGGAUUCUUCCAAAUGGAACACAGAUUAAUAAUGGCAAUCACCUCCACGGAAUCUUCCAUAGACAGGAUGGUACUUUACACAUUGGUUCUAUAGCAGCAUCAGAUGGAGGGACCUAUCGUUGCAGAGCUGUAAACAUAGCUGGGUCCGCUGACAGAAUGGUCACUUUGCAAGUUGGCCGUAAACCGCAAAUCAGUAACAAUAAUAAUAACUUAGUCAGUAUCAUCAAUGGAGAGACUUUGCAACUUCACUGCAUCGCACAAGGAGAAUUAAGACCUCAUAUUUCUUGGACAUUGCCCAAUGGAAUGGUCAUCGAUGGUCCAAAAGAUGAAGGUCGCAUUUCUCUAUUGCAAAAUGGCUCCCUUGUGGUAAGGGACACCACUGUAUAUGAUAGAGGAAGCUAUCAGUGUAAAGCAAAAACCCAAUAUGGUUCAUCAACAAUUAAUGUUCCGGUGAUAGUCAUCGCGUAUCCUCCCCGUAUUACCACCAGCCCUGCAUCUGUUAUUUAUGCUCGACCAGGAAGCUCCGUUCAGUUAAACUGCAUGUCAAUUGGGAUACCAAAAGCUGAAAUAACCUGGGAGCUUCCGGAUAAAUCUCACCUGACUGCAGGAGCUCAGUCUCGCUUAUAUGGAAACAAAUUUCUUCAUCCUCAGGGGACAUUAGUUAUUCAACAUUCUUCAAAGAGAGAUGCAGGUUAUUAUAAAUGCACAGCUAAAAAUAUAUUAGGCAGUGACACAAAAACAACCUAUAUACAUGUAUAUUAAGACAAAGGAGAACAACUAUCCAUAAAAAAGCCCACGACUGCCAUGCAAGUGCAAAGUAUACUGUAUCAACUAUUAGAGACAUCCUCUGAUUAUCUAAUCUUAUUGUUUCCAGAAACGGUACACCAGUCUACUGUACAUACAAACCAGAAACCAACAAUACCAUUAAAGAGUACAAGGGCAUAGAUGUAGAAUAUAUCAGGUUUUAUGGCUUUCGAAACUCAAACGCGCUAUCUACCGUUCAUAGUUCUGAAUGAUACAGUAUCACAUUGACUUGAUCUGCACCUUACUACCAAAGAAGUAUUAAUACUCUACACAUACUACACUUAUAUGUGUUUGCUCUCUGUUUGAAGAUAUUUAAUUUUCUUUUACCUCUUUAAUAAUCCAAUGCCACUAUCGUAAAAGGAAAAUUAUAGCGAAAAAUACAAGUUGCUUCUAUGAAAACACAGCUAUAUUACCAGUAAUCCAUUGUAUGUGUUCCCAUAGGAGCAAUUUGCCUUUUUGUUAUAGUUUGUCUUUGGGGACUGUUAUGUUUGCAUCCACUUACUGGAUAAAUAAUGUUCCGCCAUGCUGAAAGUCUACCAUCUCAGUUCCCAUAAGGGCUUUGAGAAAUACGAACUUAUGGAUAUGCAACGGAAAAAUAGGACUGCGGUUAUUGCUUUUUUGCAUAUGUUUUAUAUUAGUAACCUAACCAUGAGACAAAAAUUACUGCAAUCCCAGUCUCAUUUCUAUAAAUUAUUUGGUCUUUAAAAGACUUUGCUGACAAACUGUGUUUAUAUAAUUAUGAUCAUUGUACUGUACAUUUUAUAAUAAAUAUAUUAUUUUCCAAACUA